AUGGCUUUCAAGAGGUACUGUAUAUCUACAGUACCUGUGACGAGCGAGAUAAGAGGAGCAGCUAUGAGUUUAACAGCAGCAGCGAGUGGAUUUGUUGUCUUCUUUCUCUUUGUGCCAGUGAUACAGGGCCAGAGUGACUGGGGAGUAACUUACCCUUCCACUCCGAUCUGUGCCUUAAAGAGAUCAACCGUGGACAUACCGUGCACCUACAGAUACCCAUCCACAGAAAGUCAUCAAACUACGGAAGUUCGAGAACGAUUAUGGUUUACUAAAGGGAGUAAUAAGGAACCUGUGGAUCUGAAAACAGAUUCAGACUACACAGGUCGUGUGCAGUAUCUCUGUGAUAAGAAGAACUGCACCCUGAGAAUCACAGACCUGAGAGAGAGCGACUCUGCUGAGUAUAAGUUCAGGUUCACAACUACCCAUACACUUGGAGGUUUUACUGGUUCACCUGGAGUCACUUUGUCUGUUACUGACCUCCAGGUGCAGGUGACAAGAUCAUCGACCCAGGGAGAGCUGAGGUGUCACAGCAGCUGUAAUAAUCCUUCAUAUGUCUGGUUCCGUAAUGGACAGAAAAUGGAUGGAGAAACAUCUUCUUCUCUCAGAGUCUCUGUUGAAGAUAACGACAGCUAUUCCUGUGCUGUUACAGGAUAUGAAGAUUACCGCUCUCCUCCAGUGUAUUCUCCAAAGGUUGUUACCCUGUCUCUGACUCCCACUGGGGAAAUCAGAGAGAACAGUUCAGUGACUCUGAACUGUAGCAGUGAUGCUAACCCAGCAGCUAACUACACCUGGUACAAGAAUGGUAAAUCUCUAAAUGGAAAGGCACAGCUCGUCUUCAGCUCCAUCCAGUCCUCUGACUCUGGACAGUAUAACUGUACAGCUGAGAACCAGCUGGGGAAAAGGACAUCUGAAUCCAUCUUUAUUGAUGUGAAAUAUGCUCCGAAGCUUCCCUCUGUGUCUGCUGAGAUAGUGGAGGGCAGUUCAGUGACUCUGACCUGUAUCAGUGAUGCUAACCCAGCAGCUAACUACACCUGGUACAAGGAGAAUGAAGACUCACCAAAAGCAUCAGGACAGAUCUUCACCAUCACUGACUUCAGAGCUGAACAAAGUGGGAAUUAUUACUGUGAAGCCCAGAACAGCAGAGGACAUCAGAACUCCACCUUAAAUCUGAUUGUUGUAGCAGGGAAUUCAACAACAAUAAUGCAUAUCAUCUGGCUGACUGUGGUGGUCCUGAUGCUGAUUCCUCUGCUGCUCCUGAGUCUGUGGGCGAGGAAGAAGAAAACUCUGAGCUCCACCACUGAACCACAUGAGCCUGUAGAGAUAGAGAUUUAUGUAAUUAAUAUGAUAUAA